CAUUGAACUAAAAACAACUUGUUGAAUAAACUCUGGCAGUUGUGGCUCUGUAUUCCGUUGUUGAAUAUACGAACAAAAUUUUGUGAUUUGUAGUGCAGUGUUAAAAAAUUAAUAAAAGUAAAGGUAGUACGGCUCAGUCUCCAGAAUUUAAAAAAUAUUUCAAGCAGAUUGAAUGUUAUUUCAAGUUUUGUCGAAGACAAUAAAAUCAAUUGAGUAUUUUCAACGAAUUGACGCGAUUAAUUUAAAAAAAAAAGAGAACAUAGGACAUCAGCAUAAAUUUUCACCCUUUGAACUUUCAUAAAACACGAUCAAUACUUACGGCUGAUUAAAUAAAGCCUGUACUGUUUAAUGAGCCGGUGAUAAUUUUAGACGGCACGUAUACACUCUUCUCAAAUCGAUAAUUUCCAUUGUGAUUUCUAUAUACAUGUCAAAACUACUCGUAUUGUGGACAAAAACGAGCAGCAAGCCAUCAAACUCGGUCUAUAAAAUUGAUCGAUAAAAUAAAGGCAAUAUACAUUUUUUUCCAAGCAACAGUGAAAAACUAAACGUCCAGAGAGUGAGAGUGACCGCUUGUUUGAGCUAUUUAAAUACUUGUGCAUUUCAAACGGAUUUUUGUACGAAAACAAACUUUUGAUACGUGACUGCUGACGACGGAUUUGUCAUUCAUCAGUGCCAUUUUUGUUGUUGUUGUUCGAAAAAUUAAAAGCUUCGUAGCUGAUUGUUGUGAAUUCGCAUAUCCCUCCUUUCGGCAUUCAAAAAAUAUGGUUAAUCACAGAAAAGAAAAUAUGGUAGCCACGCUGUGGCUUCUAUCACUAUUGACCAUCACACUAAUAACAGCAAGUGAAUGUGUUUAUGCACCGUCACCAUUAGCAAAAUAUCGACGAUUAGAUAACACACCAUAUGGCUUUCGGGAUGACUUGCUACCAAUAAAGCGAACAAAACUUUCACUUUCUAUUGUUAAUCCGUUAGAUGUACUGCGCCAGCGGCUGAUGUUAGAGUCUCUCAGAAGAUCGCAGUACGAGAACGAUAAGCAGAUUAUAAAGAACAGAGAGAUAUUGGAGAGAAUAGGCAAACGAAGUAGUGGUAACGAACCAUCAAAUUUCCAUGAACGCGAGCGAUUUGAACCAUUCCGGCAGCACUUGGACAUGAAUGCAAUUUUGGACGAGAUCACAGGAGCUGCCCAGUCAAAUGACCAUUCCAUUUACAGUGCUCAGUCGCCCGACUACUAUUUUGAUGAGACCAAUACCAUUGACACAAAACAAAUGCUAACGCCCCGACUUCAUUCAUUCCGUUCAUCAGCAUCGCGCCCAUACGACAUUGAAGCUUCAGCAAAUUCAUUUGCCACGGACGAAAAUGGUUGGCGCGAGGAGAAACAGCAGAGCUUACACAAUCAAAAGCAACAACCAUUAAAUGGACCAAAAUCGCAUUACAUACGCCAAUGGAACCAGCAAAUCAAUGAAAAAAUGGAUCCAAAUGUACAACAACAACAGCAACAAAAGCAACCGAUCAAAACAAACGAUAACAAUGGGGAUUUUAUGCAAUCAUUCGAUUUGAAUUAAUUUCAUUUGCGUUCACUCUUAUAAUCUAUUUUAUUGAUGUAAAUUCAUUUUCGAUUGUCUUACUUUGAACACGUUUCGUUGAUGUUUUGAGUUCAUUAAUUCAAUUUGCCAAAAUCCAGAGGGUAAACAGGAUGCGGCUGGCGUAUGAUGGAUGAAGUGAUACAAAAUGACCUGAAUUGUAUGAGAUGUGGUAAGAAGUGGCAUCAAGUAAAACCAAAAAAAAAAAGAAAUAAACAAAACAAACAAACUUAAGAGCAUGUUCAUUUUAUUGAGAUGUACAGAAAUGAUGAAAACAAUAUUAAAUUAAAUGUGCUUGCGAUACAAUUCAGCUCGGCUCGACCCGGCUCUCAUUCACUUAACUAUACACACUUCGUUUGUAGACUUUAUAACAGUAUUUACAAUAUUUUCUAGAUUUAGGUGUACGUUCAGUGUGAAUUAAAAACACACUAAAAAAGUGACAAAAACAAAAUCUAUCUAUAACACAACAAUGACAUUUCUGGUUGUUUUUCAAUUUUAAGGGGCCUACAGAAAAACGGUAUUUUUACAUGAACGUGUUUUUUUCGACAUUUGGUUCGGUUGGAUUUUUUUUUUGUUUUUACGUUCGAUUUUGCGUCGUAUAUUUUAAUGGUUUGUAAUAAAAUACAAAAAAAGUUCAUUUUUCAGUUGGCCCGUAUGAUGCUACGGAUGGCAUGCGCUUUGAAUGAGAAAAAGAAAGACAGUACAUUAAGUGAUAAUAAAAUUUAAAGAGCUCAUUUACUAAAUUCCCGAAACAGCGCAAGCAAUUUGAUGAAACUGUACGAUUUAUGUAGCUUUUUCUGCUUCCAUUCAACCAUUUCCAAUGUAUUUCAAAUGUUUUUCGGUGACACGCAUUACCCUUUCACGCUCAAAUGUAUUUAAUUACUUUUGUGCAAAGUGAAUUUUCUAACUAACUGAACUUAUUGAAAUCAACACAUUCCAUGUUAACGAGAUGGAUUGUAGCAUUGUUAAAAGGCAAUGAAACGUACAGACACAAUUGAUAUUUGUAUGAAACCCACUCCAAUUUUCGUUAAAGUCUCUCUCUCUCUCUUUCUUUCUCUGUAUACGUGUAGCUAAAUUUAAUUUUAUGCUGUAAAUGCCAGUCAAUGUUUCUGCAACAUCACAAAUCAAAAGAUAACCAAAUUAAGCAUAUGGAAAAAAUCCGGGCAAAACUUUUUGAAGAAAAAAACCAAAGACAAAAAAACUUUAAUCCAAUAUUCAAUGAACAAACAAAAAACAUACCCACCCUAAAAUUAUACACAUGAUAACAAUUACCUAUUGUAUUAAUGAAAUUAAUAUUUGAAUUUAAAAAACAAACAAACAAACAAGGUAUUGUGAAAGUCUAAGUCUAGAUUCAUUUAAUCAAAUCGAUGUGUUAUUUUAAAUAUAAAUAUUA